GGGAGGAGAGAUGACGAUCAGAAAUGCCGCCACGUGCGCUCAUACGCCUGCUUUAUUAUAAAAACCUCCCCUCCAUUGGUCCAGAGUCGAAACGCUGUAUUUUUAUACGCCCUCUGAUUGGCCGGAGGCACCAACUCCAUAGUGAACGCUUUGCAGAGCUUCCAGACAUGAGAUCCUUGAGCGUCUACUAUGAGAAAGUAGUCCCCGCUAAAAAACCCUUGUUUCGUUUAUUCUUUGCGAUAGAAAUGCUAUUAGACAAACAAUAAUAACAGUUGGUUUGUAGAUGCGAUUAGUUUCACUGUGUGAUUUAAAUUAACAACGACGUGAAGUUUGAAUAAUAGAAAAGCGUCGGUUUGUAUUGGUGGCGUAGGGAUAUCACAGCACCGCUGCGCGUCAAAAUAUUGGCUUGUGAAGACCGCGCCAAAGCUCAGACAGCGGCUACUCUUCAGGAAGAUAAGAUAUCGUGCAGGUCUCCUUAACGCAUUCUAACGUCUACACGGCUGCGUUACACUUCACCGUGUUUGGCUUUACGAGUCUGGGAGGACUGUUUGUUUUUGUUUUGUUUUUGUCGCAACCGCUUGAGCAGAAGACACAAAUCUGACUUUUUGAUGCUCGUUUUUUGGGAAACAGUUUACGACUCAACAGUCGUGACGCGGCGCUGACGGGCGCGGUGCGGCGGAGUUGUCGCACUGCUGCUGGACUCGGAUAUACCAUUCGUUUGCAGCCAAUAUAACGAGCCGCGGAAGCCGGUGUUUAAACCUUCUUUUCUUCACACACACACACAACCGCUGCUCCUGGUCGAACUGUCUGCAGCUCAGUGGGAAUCGUCUCCUCGUCCCCCCCUUUUUCCUCCCUCUGCUUGAAUAUGCUGCUGUCAAAGUUGGGCUCAUUUUCCCACAUUUGCAACCCUUCUAGUAUGGACCACCUACAAGUGAAGAUCCAGCUCCAGCAGGUCAAAGUGGAGAAGGAAGCCUUUGAGAAGGUUUACCAAGUGGGAUCCGUGCUGGGCAGCGGUGGAUUUGGGACAGUAUACGCCGGCAGUCGGAUCUCCGAUGGCGCACCGGUCGCUGUGAAACAUGUCGCGAAAGAGAGAGUGACCGAGUGGGGCACAAUUAACGGGACUAUGUUGCCUCUGGAAAUCCUGCUGCUAAAGAAGGUCAGCUCGUCUUUUCGCGGAGUUAUCAAAUUGCUGGACUAUUACGAACGCGCGGACGGCUGGCUCAUCGUCAUGGAGAGGCCGGAGCUCGUCAAGGACCUUUUCGACUUCAUCACGGAAAAGGGCGCCCUGGACGAGGACACGGCCCGGGGUUUUUUCCGCCAGGUUUUGGAGGCGGUGAGACACUGCUACAGCUGCGGCGUAGUACACAGAGACAUCAAGGAUGAGAACCUGCUGGUGGAUCUACGCACCGGGGAGCUCAAGCUUAUUGACUUUGGCUCAGGGGCGAUUCUCAAGGACACGGUCUACACCGACUUCGACGGUACGAGAGUGUACAGCCCUCCGGAGUGGAUCCGCUUCCACAGGUACCAUGGUCGCUCGGCGACGGUGUGGUCGCUAGGCGUGCUGCUGUACGACAUGGUGUGUGGAGACAUCCCCUUUGAGCAGGAUGAGGAGAUCCUCAAAGGGCGACUGUACUUCAGGAGGAGGGUCUCUGCUGAGUGCCAGCAGCUGAUCAAGUGGUGCCUGGCCCUGCGGCCCUCGGACCGGCCCACCCUGGAGCAGAUUUGCGACCACCCUUGGAUGAGGACGACGACGACGACAGAGACGACGCCCAAGUCCUCAGAAGAACCGGUCACGGGCGACAUCCGCCUCAGGACCAUCGACACGGACUCUUCUUCAAGCACAAGCUCGAGCAAGGAGAGCCUCUGAGGGUGGCACCCCCCGAUGGACUGGGAAAGACAAGACUUUGUGGGGGAAAGAAUGGGGUCGGGAAUGAUGAGUGUAGCCUGUAGCCGGACUGGUACUGGACCGGUCGGGCCAGAAAACUGUUCUUUAAUGUUUCUCUUUUUGUAGGGAAUUUCUAAGUUAUUAUUAUUAUUAUUAUUAUUUGUUCUUCCUUAUUGUAUUUCUCCUAGCCUUUUCCCUUUAAGUUAAUUAUUUACCUGUUUCCUCAUGGGGAAACAUUUUUGCUGUUGGGAUGGUCUUACCAGCAACCAACCCCCCCACCCCCAAUACUCCCACCCCUCCCCGACCCCUCGACUUUAUGUCAAUUGUUUUAUUACUAGGCUGGUUUAUAUGCAGCUGGCAAGGCCCUCCUGAUCAGACGAUGGCGGCUCUCAUAGAGCUUGAAAAUUUUUUUUUUUUUUAUUUAAAUGUUUUACUUUUGAUUUUGGAGUGCCUUUUUUUGAGAAAGCUGCUUUUUAAAGAGGGGGCUUUCGUCAAACACCAGUUGUUUUCCUUUGGGUUUGCCUUGGGCCUGCUGGUGAAGUUGCCUGUGCUUUGAUGGAAAUAGGGGUUAAAGGCUGUUUCUGUUGACGGUUUUUUUUUCUUCUUCUUCUUCUUACCCCUCCUCUAUCACUGUAAACCAAGCAGCCCCCUGAGAAGAGGCUAAAAUAGCAUUAGAUAAGAGAUGUGGGGGGAGAUAAGGGGGGGGGCUGUUCCCUGACAAUGAAAUACUUGAAACACUCUCGACACAAACUCUGCGUCGCUCUCUUUAAACGCUGCUUACUCACUCUAUAGCCUGAACAGGUGUUUGGAAACUGGAUCCUGUCAUUUCUGAAUGUCUACAAAAUGUCACCACACAAACACCCAGCCUCGCCCCACCCAACCACCCACCCACCUAUUUCUCAUCCUAUGCCUGUUGUGGGGUGUGUGGCCCUCAUGACUCGUCUCUUUUUUUUUUUUUUUUUCGCCUCCCGCCAUCUCACUGCUUAAACACUACAUGGCCCCCGGCCCCUGGCCUCCCUCAGGGUUUUGGGGUGUGAAAUGCACAAUCAAUGCAAUUUUCAUGGACUUAAUUUUGUUUUUGUUUUUUGUUUGUUUUUUUUAUUAAAAUCAAAUAUUGUACAGUGCAUUUUUUUUUUCUUUUUGUGUGUGUACAUUUUUUUUCUUCCCCACAUCCUUUGCUUUAAUUUAUUUGUAAACAAAUAGACAUUCCACACUCUGUGGCUAUUUAUUUAUUUAUUUUUGUUUUGUUUAUUUUAUUUUAUUUUUGGCUUAAUCCCCCAGCAUCCCCUUCACCUGCCAUUUAAAUUUUGCAUAUCCUACUUGGCCUUUGGUUUGCAUUCCUUUAAGUUAUUUUUUACAUUUCAACAUGUUGGGUUUUUUUUUUAGAUGUGGAGGAUGCACUGAAGAAGUUGUUGAUGUUAAACAGAGUUUAAAAAAAAAACAGACAAACGGUUUACUUAAAUUUGAAAAGAGCAUUUGAAUGUUAUAGAAGUUCUUUAAAAAGUUAGGAUGUGUUGAAUGGAGAGAAAUCCACCUGGUUUCUGUUUUGUCAAUGACUUUGAGUUGUACGGAAAGUCAAACAACGGGCUCAGCAGCUAUAGUUGUCACAUAGCAUCAUGUCGGAGACGGUUCUGUUCAGCUGUGUGACUUGUGGCUGUGAAGUAUGGAUAUUGCUAUUUUUUGAUACCGAAGUUUCAAUUAAACUCCCAUUUUUAUGUACAGAAA